AUGGAUAAAACACAUGUAUUCAGUAUUCUCACAACACUGCUCAUUCAGCUUACACUUGCCACUUUAGAUCAAAUACCAACCACAACCACAACAGAACGAUACAGCAGCAACGCUUACCCCUACGGCGGAGCAUACAACCCGUACAAUAGCUACGGCGGUGCUGGCAACUACGGUGGUGUUGAUAGCUACGGAAGCUACAUAUCGGGCUUUCCAAUUUCGCUCAGCACGGCCAACAAGCUUGACAGCGACUCUUUUGCUGCCAAAUACAAGGAACACACUGUUUACGCCAACAACAAGGAUGCCAGCGUGAGUAAGGAUCAGAUUAACAAGUUUGACAGCGUCAAUGUCAUUGCUUGA